AUGUCUACUCCAAACAUUCCUCAAGACCUCUUCGACUUUGGUUCGGACACCUUCGGUGACGAAUUUUCCACCGACCCGACCAUGCUCUCUCCGCAUCUCAUCCCUACUGGCAUUAUGGCAUCCAAGGACGCUAUGGGUGAUGUGCCUUCGGGCACCAUCUCCCCUAGCGAUCUGAUGAUGGAUGCCUCUGCUCCUCCUUCAGCCUCGUACACAGACCUCAGCACGCCUGAUUUCGAUUCUCCCGGAUACUUUAGCCAGGACACCUCCCCCAUGUUCGGCACAGAUAUGGAUCUCGCUCCUGGUCAUGAGGAGUGGGAUUCUCUGUUCCCGACUCAGGAUGGGAUGUCUGUGCCUUUCGAUCCGGCUGCGUUGGAGAUCGCUGCCUCUCUUUCGGAAGUCAAGGCAGAGCCACCUGCCUCGCCUGCGGUGAAGUCUGUUUCCUCUCCUCGUUCGCCCAAAACAUCCCGCGGUUCUUCAGUUAAGCACUCGACUGUUGCUGGAAUUAAUGCGCGACGAAGCAAGCCUCUUCCCCCUAUCAAGUUUGACGAUGCCGACCCUAUUGCAGCCAAGCGUGCGCGAAACACUGAGGCUGCCCGCAAGUCUCGUGCUCGCAAGCUUGAGCGACAGGGCGACAUGGAGCGUCGCAUCUCCGACCUUCAGAAGGAACUUGACGACGCUCGUCAGCUUGUGCAAUACUGGAAGUCCCAGGCCCAGAGCCGCGGUGCUUGA